GGAAACUGCGGGAGCUUUGUAUUUGUCUGGUGGUGAGAUGAUUUCAUACAACUAUUGCAUUGCCCAUCAUAGCUAUGGAGCUACCGGAGCCGAUCAGAAAACGUCUUGGGGAUUUAUCCCGGACAGUUUUCGUUGAUCCGACCCGUACUCAGCCUACACACGAAGAUAAUGUCACGUUCUUGGGACACAAUAGAGAGGUGGUCUCAAGCCUCCCUCUCCAGAUGUCUCUGUUCUUCAACAUGUGUUUUUUCCCGUUGUGGUGGAUCAGCGAGGUACUGAUGCUGCACCUCAAGUAUUCUGCUCUUCCCGACUACUACAAGUUCAUCCUCAUCACCGUCCUCAUCCUCAUGACUUUCAUAGAAGCCAUCAGGCUCUACUUGGGAUAUGCAGGAAAUUUGCAAGAAAAGGUUCCAGAACUGGCCGGAUUCUGGCUGCUUAGUCUCCUCCUCCAGUUUCCUCUGAUCCUUUUCCAGCUGUUCAAUGAGGCCAUUCUUAUCCAGCCUCUGGAGAGAGGAGUCCACAUCGUCCUGGCACUCUUCCUACUUACACAGGCCUUGUCAGGCUUUGUAGCCCUCAGGUGUAUGGUCCGGCACACAGAGAGCCACUUUCACCUGCGUCAGUUUGAUGGAGUCCAGGAGCUUCGAGCCUGACACGCCCAGGGCUCAGAUGACACAAACAGAGCACAAAACAUG